UGAUGAUCUCGGUUGUGAGUUGUUCAAUAACCUUUUCGAUUUUUUUUUUGUUUGUUUUUGUUUUUUCGACCAUCAUCAUCAUCAUCAUGGACAAUCAAAAAAUCCAUCAAAACAUAAGAGUCAUUCCACCCCUCUUCCUCAAACAUAUAUAGCGCAUAUUCUCAAUGAGCUUUAAUUUUGUUUUUUAAAUAAAAUUUUCAUUCAAUAGAUGGCGCGAUCAAAGAUUUUUUUUUCAUGUUUACGUCAGGUUAUUUUUUUCCUUGUUCGGUGUUUUGAUUUCGAUUUUUCAGAUUUUUGAUUUCAGAUUUUUUGGUUUGUUUUUUCUGAUUAACGAUAAUGGCAAUGGAUAAUAGUGAUAAUAAUAAUUCAUCGAUUAAACAAUGGGAAGAAUUACGACGUUUAGCAAGACAAUAUGAAACAGAUAUUGAUACAAAAUUAGUUUCAUUAUCAAAAUUAAUGUCAUUACGUAAUGAACGUAAAUAUUCAUCAACUGGUGGUAAAAAAUUUCAAAAUAAUCAUCGUAAUAAACAAGAUGAUGAUGAUGAUGAUGAACCAUUGAUUAGUUCGAAAGAAAAUUUUGAUCAUUUAACAUUCGAAAUUGAUUCAUUAAUCAAUACGUUACAAGAUGUAAACAAUAAAAUGGAUCAAUGUAUACAACAAUUACCAAAUAAUAAUUCAAUAUUAUAUACAUUACAAAGACAUCAAGAUAUAUUGAAUGAUUAUCGUAAAGAAUUUUAUAAAUUACGUACAAAUAUUGGUGAACAAUUAAAUCGUGAUUUAUUAUUACAAAAUUCAAUGAGAAAAGAUUAUAAUAAUGAUUAUGGACAACAAAAUCGUAAAGCCGAUUUUUUAUUACUUAAAGAAACUGAUCAUAUACGUAAUUCAGAGAUUAUGAUUGAUGAUCAAAUUAAUAUUGCUAUUCGUACACGUGAUACAUUACGACAACAACGUUCAACAAUGAAAGCAAUUCAAACACAAUUAACAACAUUGGCCAAUAAAUUUCCAAUGAUCAAUAAUGUAAUGCAUCGUAUAGGUAUGAAAAAACGUAAAGAUUCAAUCAUUUUGGCAAUCGUUAUUGGUAUUUGUUUUUUUCUAUUAUUACUUUGGAUUUUUUAAAAACCAAACAACAAAAAAACCAGUGAAAAAACCCCCACAGAUCUUUGAUCAAUUCACUAUCGAUUGUUGAAUUUUUAUCAUUUUUUAAAAAAAAAGUUAUUAUAAUUCCAUUC